GGAAAGCUGUCAAACAGAGUGAAUACUCUUGUCUAGCCCCAUGUGCCACCUGUUGGCCACUGCUCUGCACCUGAAGCUCUGUGCCCGCCAGUCUCACUUGCGGCUCCUGGACCCAGAGCAGGGACACAUCCCUGUGUGUCCACGCAGGCCACACAGGAGACCUGAAUGAUCAGUCUGACUUCUGAUCCCAGCCCCUUAGCUCCCCUGGCAGUGGGAGGAGCUUCUCAUGGUAUUCGGGUUCUUUGGUGGAAUGCAGACAGCUGGAUGUCACAGAGUUCUCUGUGAUGUCACCACAAGGUGGAGCCAGACCACUUGGAAUGGAGUUUCUUUGAGGAGAGGGAGGAAGCUGAGCCACUGGGACCCACAACGAAAAGACCUGGUGGCAGCAAUGGACCGACAUCAACAUCAAACUGUUGAGUGUCCUGGUUGGGGACUCAAGCCUGGCUCCACAACCCAAGCUGGGUAUCCAGAGAGUGCCUCUCCUGAGCCCUGCGUCUGGCCAGAGGAGCAAGUGCUCAUCGAUCGCAGAGACAUUACCAGUAGAAAGGAUGCCUGGGAAAUGCAGGAGUUCAUCACUCACAUGUAUGUCAAGAAUCUGCUGCGACACCCGGCCUUCCAGCUGCUGCUGGCCGUGCUGCUGGUAGUCAACGCUAUUACCAUCGCUCUCCGCACCAACUCCUUCCUUGGCCAGGAACACUAUGAGUUGUUCUCUAUUAUAGAUGACAUUGUGCUGACCAUCCUUAUCUGUGAGGUUCUCCUGGGCUGGUUCAAUGGCUUCUGGAUUUUCUGGAAGGAUGGCUGGAAUAUCCUCAACUUCAUUAUCAUCUUUAUCUUGCUUCUGGGCUUCUUCAUUAAUGAACUCAGUGCCGUCUCUAUCACAUAUACCCUCAGGUUGCUUCGUCUGGUGCAUAUGUGCAUGGCGGUGGAGCCGCUGGCCCAGAUCAUCCGUGUCGUCCUGCAGUCGGUGCCUGACAUGGCCAAUAUCAUGGUCCUCAUCCUCUUCUUCAUGCUGGUGUUCUCCGUGUUUGGGGUCACUCUCUUUGGUGCUUUCGUGCCUGUGCAUUUCCAGAACAUGCAGGUUGCCCUGUACACUCUCUUCAUCUGCAUCACCCAAGAUGGCUGGGUGGACAUCUACAGUGACUUCCAGAUGGAGAGGAGAGAGUAUGUUAUGGAGAUCGGGGGUGCCAUCUACUUUGCCAUCUUCAUCACCAUUGGUGCCUUCAUUGGCAUCAACCUGUUGGUCGUUGUGGUGACCACCAAUCUGGAGCAAAUGAUGAAGUCUGGAGAGCAGACGCAACUGCACCAGAUAACCUUCAGUGAGACAGGGGACUACGAGGAGGAGGAGCUCGGGAGCAACCAGCUGCCACUGGUGCAUUGUGAAGUCGCUCAUCAGGAGACAUCUGGCCUCCCGGAGAAGCCACUUGUUUGGGGGCCUCCUUCGAACCUCUCGGAAAAAACAUGCGACAACUUUUGCUUGGUGCUUGAGGCAAUACAGGAGAACUUGAUGCAGUACAAGGAGAUCCGAGACGAGCUCAACAUGAUAGUGAAGGAGGUACGCUCCAUCCGCUUCAACCAGGAGCAGAAGGAGGAGCUGAUGCACAGUCACUUGCCACCAAGCCUGUCGGUGGCAAGUGGGCCCUCCAGAUAUCCGUGUGACAUGACUUGCCAGCAAGACUUGAUCACUGCGCUCGUCAACAGGGAAAAGGUUCAGGAAUCCAACGUAAGCAUACUCCUUAGCAAGCGCAAGGACAGCCACUGAGAAGGCAGGACAGAAGCCAAGGGGCCUGCACGUACGCACACCUAGCCGCUGCCGCUUCCUGCAUCCCUAGGAUGACUCGGCAUAGCCUGGCCUGAGCCCAUUCCCUCCCUGACGCCUGGGCAGGUGCCUGGGACUGGGAAGGGGUUAGCCCCCAGUCCAGAGGCGCCAGGACGAUGGAGAAGGGUGCUGGGUGAGAGUGGGAGCCCUACAGCACAGAUGAGCACAGAAGGAGGUGCUGGCCGAGGCAGCCAGGAUUUGUCCUAAGGAUGGGUAUUCCUUAGGCCAUCUGCUCUAGGCCAAAGCUAGAUGGGGUCUAAGUAGGCCCAAGAACCAAGAGGAGAAAGGCGAGGCUGAUGGAGCCAGGCGUCUGUGUGUUGACAAUAAAGUUUUGUGUUGGGAUCAGUGUGUCUAACUGGUGGAUCUCCAAACCCUUUGGGCAACCUUGCCCCGUUUCUGAGGGGCAAGACAAAUCUAGUCCCUGCAAAGCAUGUAUGGGACUAGAGUCUGCAGUCUAAUAGGAGAGAAAACCCAACCCUGAAAAGUUUUGACUUAAUGGUAGAGAGGUAACCCCUGCCCUUGGGGUCCUAUAUUUUGUGGGGGAAAGUCUGGUCCUCAUGGUUGGGAGUCCCUGUCUGAUGUAGGGGACAGCCCUACCUUCACCCUCUGUCUGAAGGUAGAGGAGAUUAGUCCUCAUUCUGGGGAGCCCUGGCCUGAUGGGGUCACCACUGACCAAGUCAUGAAGGUAAAGACGGCUCCAUCCUGGUGCAGUGGAGAAUGACUGAGCAAAGCAUGGUCCUGGCAGGCCUUCCAGAGGAGAGGAGCGCUGAGGCUUGCGAGACCACAGAGGAGGAGUUUAUGGGUCAGGGGAAUGAGUUCUGGUGGGGAACCUGGGACCUGUGAGGCCAUUUUGUGACUUUCACACCAAAGAUCAUUGAGAACCACAACAAGUUCCUAAGAAAGCUGUGGCAACCUUGGCCAAUAGGAAGAGCGGCCUGGGAGGACAGGAAAACUGGAUUCUUGUCCUUGGGCAAGUCACUGGGCCUCGUUUUUCCCAUCUGUGCAAUGGGAAGAGGAUUUGAUUGAGCUCCAGCUCUAAAAUCAAAUGGCCAGCUCUCAGCCCAGGAACUGGGGGGCCAGUGAGAUCAACUGUAUACCUGAUACUCAGUGUUGGAUGAAAGAAAGGCUGCAAGGCCCAGAGUUCUGCCCAGCUGUUCAGCAAAGGCUGACAAUUAAGGGGCUUGGGGACAUUCACCAAUUGGAAUGGGAGUCACCAGAGACCCACUGAUUGCAGCUGAUGGGAAACUCCACCCUCCAUUCCCCUCUCAUCAGCAUUGGUUCCAGCCCUGAAGCCCACUGGGGCCUGCUGGGAAGGAAUCAGACUACUGGGGACAGGGUGGUGUAGUCAGCAGGCAGGUGAGGUGGCACCAGUGCCAGCAGGGUCUCACUGUCUCGGAGCUGUUGUCUGUUCCCUUCUUCAGGUCAGGACUCCUUCCUAGUGUCCCCCGAGACCAUCAACCAGCAGAGCCAUGGACGUCUGGUGGCUUUUGUUGCCCCUGCUACUAUCUGUUAGGGAUGGAGCCCUCGACGAGCCUGGCAUUAACACAACCCAAGGAGUCGAGUCAGAUGCAACAACCUCCACAAAAGACUCUGUGCCUUUGGGAACUAUAGUGGGUUCAUCCACAACUUAAGCUCUGUCCAAAAAACGCAGAGACCAGGGCUCUGCAGUGCCACCUAAUUCACUAACAACCAGGAAGACCACAACAUCUGAGUCCCAGAAGCACACCACGCCAAUUACCCCUCCAACCUCACCUCAAGUCAGUAGCUCUGCAGAGUACACAGAACAGGCAGACCCAACACAUGAGACUCAGGAGGAGAAGUUAAAUACAACUAUCAUCACAACCUCCAAAGGCCCAGUGCUGUCCAAUUCCACGAUGACUUCUGCACUGAAAGACCAGGGAGGGACAUCCCGAAGCACAGCCUCCCCAAGGACAGCCACUUCAGCUGAGAUCCUAACACCGAACUAGACAGCUUCAACUGCAACUCCACUAGCAGGCUUCAUAGGCAAGGGACUGGAAUCAUCAGUGGCCACCAGCUCUCAUAAGUCAACCAUGAUCACAGCUCCAGCAGUAUUAAACAGACCAAGCAAUGACAUUAGAUCAUGAGGGUCCAUGACAAUCACUCUCUGCGAAGUCAGCUACAGUGAGAUUCCCACCAACUCUGAACAAAAUCACUGAUGUGAAAGAAUCUCUACCCAUGACAACUGGUGCAGUGAUUCACACCUCUGCACUACCCCUGACUACCCUGGGGACAACUGUCCCUGGGACAACCGUGUCUGGGGCUCAGGAAGGGGGCAUGACAGCUGUACCCCCAACCCUGGGGACAACUGUUUCUGGAACAACCAUGUCUGGGGCUCAGGAAGGGGGCACGACAGUUGCACCCCUGACUCCAACAUUUACCACAAGCAUGCUGUCUGAAACAGAUCACAGCACUGCCACACAGACACCUUCCGGUCCCGUGUAUUCAGCCCCCAGCACUGGCAAUGCAAAGGCCUGGCGGUCACCAGACACAAAGGCUGCUCAUUCAACAGCCUUUAUCCCCAACUCCUCAGGGAUGACAAUAUCCUCUACCAUGGCUAGGACCAGUGAAGCUUCCCCCAGUCACACCUGGAGCAGUCGUCCUGCAGCAGAAAGCUGUGCUGUGAUGAGUACCCAACCAGCAGUGUACUUUGCCUGUGCAGUGACAGCUACUAUGCCCACUCAGGUAAAUCUGAGAGAAUUUAUGUCAGUA